AUGAUGAAUGGAAACGGCCAGCUAUCUGUUCCACCUGGCUUUCGAUUCCAUCCCACGGACGAGGAGUUACUUUAUUAUUACCUGAGGAAGAAGGUAUCCUAUGAAGCCAUCGACCUUGACGUUAUAAGGGAAGUGGAUAUCAACAAACUUGAGCCUUGGGACCUCAAAAACAAAUGCAGGAAUAUUGAGUCAGGCGGGCCUCAGAACGAGUGGUAUUUUUUCAGCCACAGAGACAAAAAGUAUCCAACUGGAACUCGGACAAAUCGGGCCACCACAGCUGGUUUCUGGAAGGCGACUGGGAGGGACAAAGCCAUUCACCAAAGCAAUUCAAAGAGGAUUGGUAUGAGAAAAACUCUUGUCUUUUACACGGGACGUGCCCCUCAUGGCCAAAAGACGGAUUGGAUAAUGCACGAGUAUCGCCUGGACGAUGACAAUGCCGAGCCGAAACAGAGUUUGCAAGGAGUAUAUGGUUGCACCUUUGAUGGGCAUGGGUCCAUAUAUCUGCCACAGUUACUGACUCCUCCUGAGUCAGCUGUUCAUCCGUCCUUGAACCUCACGGACAUGGAGUUUUCUCAGGACUUGUUGAGGUUGGCAUCAGGCAGUUGUGGAGGUCUUGUUCAACAGGAAAGGUUUAGUACUGGCGAUUGGUCAUUCUUAGACAAGCUUCUAGCAUCCCAUCAAGUCCAGUUUCAGGGUAAAUGCAAUCCUUGGUCGGUCCCACGCUGUUGA